AUGGACAAUAUCGUUCGCAGCUGCGCUGAAUGCCGUCACUACGCACCUUCCCAGGUGAAGGAACCUCUGCUAGCAACAGAGGAUCGUUGCCCUGCCCUCCCGUUUGAGAGCACCAGCGUGGAUCUGUUGGAAUACCAAGGCUACCAGUUCCUGGUAUACGUGGACUGCAAGACCGGCUGGCCCUGUGUUGCCAAGAUAGGACGCACCGCCACCUCCACUGACGUAGUCCGUGCGUUCCGAGGCUGGUUCGCGGAUCUCGGUGUCCCAGCUGUCCUGACGACUGAUGGUGGUCCGCAGUUCACAGCGCAGCGUUUCUCCGCCUUCUGUCAGCGUUGGGAAGUCCGCCACGUCAGAUCCACCCCGCAUUACCCACAAUCGAAUGGCCAUGCGGAGGCGGCUGUCAAAGCCAUCAAAUCGCUCGUGUACAAGACCACCACCAGCGGAGACAUUAAUGUCGAUGCCUUCCGUCGGGGCUUAUUAGAAUGGCGUCACACUCCCCGUAGCUCCGGUCAGAGCCCAGCAGCGCAGGCCCUGUUUGGCCGCCCACUGUCGUCAUUCGUGCUUGCCCACCGGACCAGUUUUGCCCCAGCGUGGCAAGAAACCGCUGACGAAAUCGACAGUCGUGCCUGUGCCCAGUCUGAAGCAGCCAGUCAGCACUACAACCAGUCUGCCCGUUCUCUGCCUGCCCUCCACCUUGGUUGCCCUGUGGAUCUACAAGAUCCCCGCAGCAAGUUGUGGAACGCCUGUGGUACCAUUGUCGCCAUUGGGAGAACAUGGUCAAGCUUCCCAGUGGCCGAAUAUACUGGUGAAACCGUCGCUUUCUUCGUCCUGUUGUCUUGCCCGUAG